AUGCUGGGCCUGUGGUCAAUGGCAGCCCAGCUGAGGGCCUGCCACUGCCGGGCGUGCCUACGGGGAGCAAACUCGGCCGCGCGGCGAGCGACGACGAGCGCGAGGAGCAACCCACGACGGCGCAAGCUCUUAGCCAGCGAUGUCUUCACGGCAUGCUAUUCCGCCAUCAUGGCCACCGCCGCCGUUAUCGACGCCGGCAGGAAGGACAAGCGCAGGCGCGAGCUCGAUCGCGAGCUCGCCGAGGCCAGGAGCAGCUUGGCCACCCUGCUGGAGGAGUCGCAAUCCCGAGACCUGGCAAAGGUUAUCACGUCCGCAUACCCUAGUCUCCCGGACUCGUCGCCGCUGGAGAAGCUGGCUGUUAUAAAGGACAUCUGCAAGCUCGAGCCGGACCAUCUGAGGAGGCUGAACGCGACCCGCAAGUCCAGAUUCAAGACAAGAAACGAUUUGCGCAAAAUGUUCGGCCUGCCUGGCUGGAAAAUUCUAGAGUACGGCAUAGAGCAUUCGACCCUGUCCAGGUGCGACGAGGUCAUGGAUGCAGAGGCGAAGGAUCUCAGCCUCGUGCACCAGGAGGCAAUCGACGAGGAAGGACUAGCAAAGGUCACGGGCAUGAUCGCGGACCUAACGGAUCGGCUCCUGACAGAUGCCUACUGGGUCUCAGAGGCCGAAGUGCCCGGAGCACACCCCGCGCUUGAGAGCCCAGAUUCGGCCAGGACCAUGAUCCGUCUGGUGAGGUCCAGUGGCUAUCCUUCCUACACCCACCCGCACGUGGACCCGAUGGAGACGAUCGAACAAAGAGCUCGUUUGAACGAGCUGAAUGUGAAGAUCAUGGCGGAUUGGGCGCGGCCCCGCCGGGAACACUACGUAGCCAAGAUCUGCUACAAUCUCCUUGUCUGCGGUGUGCCUCCGGGCAUUCAGAAUGUCAACGCGCUCAUCCUCGGCUUCUCGCUACUCUGCGAGCACAAGCUUGCGGACGCUGUGGUGGAAUACUUCCAUUCGAGCUCAAUGAGACCGACAGAAGCAACAUUCCUGUGCUUACUGCAUCACUACCGCAUGAAGAAGGACAUCGUCCGCUUCCAUGACCUUGUUCGCCGUCUCUUCGCUUACGACUCUGCCGGCAUAGGGCUGAUGCGAAGAACGGCCGACGACGUAGCGCGGGAUCCCAGUCUCCGGGCCUGGGCCAAAACAGCUGACGUCAGGUUUGUCGACGGUCACUACGUCGAGCGGGCGCCGCUCACGCGGAACCUCGCGGAGGCCAUGAUGGAAGGCUUGAUAGAUUUCGAUCUAUUGCACGAAGCCGCCAGGCUCUUUUCGGUCUGCCUGGCUGAGAAAUGGACGGUCAGCAAAGACCUGAUGUGGAAGCUAUUCCACUCGUGUCUCACCUUCCUGGAUACGGCGUCGGCUAGGGUGAUCGUUGGGGGAUUGCUCAACAACAUCGACCAAGCAUCAUCGCUUCUGCUCGGUCCGAACGCCAUCGGUCCCGGACUGGUCAGGCAGCUGCGCCAUCUGCUCAACAUGUGGCAGGCGACGACGCUCCUUCCCGACGUUACUGCUGAUGACGGGGCAAACGACGUAUGCCAGACUUAUAACGCCAGAAGGCGAGCCGAAGAAUCGAAUCUUGAUCGCCUUGUAACAGCGAUUUGGACGAAAGAGACGUGGCACCACGCCACCCACACCACUUUGUGGCUUAAGCAGGCCACGAGAAGACUCUCCGCAGACGGGCCGCUGAGCGAGAGGCUUGACAAAGCGCAUUCUGCUCUUGACAUCGCGGUCAACCGCCCGAAAGAAAAAAUGUUCAAGGCGGAACGCAUCCAACGGGUAGCUCGAUUAGAGUGGCUGAGGACCGAAGCCAACGAGUCGCAAAAGAAGAUCCUUGACUUCGAGGCAGCCAUCUGCAGCAUCCUGGCCGAGCAGGCCCCGCGGGAGUUACGAGACGCGCGGUUGUUGUUCAACCCGGAUCUGUCCUUCAAGACACGGACUGCCCUGGCCCUGGCGAUUGGCACGCCGGGAACGGUGCAUCACGAGGCGGCAAUGUGCUUCGCCAGGAGCAGGGAGAUCGACUGGCAGCUGAAGGAGGCUUUGUUGCAGGCUCUCCCACUCGCGCUCGCCCAAGACCUCUUGGAGACGCGGAACACCUCAGGAGACGUCCCGCUAGGCAGGAUUUUGGCUCGCUUCGAACAGUACCUGGCUGAGUUCAAGGUUGAUGAGGACAAGGAGGCGAGGACGUCGCCCUUGGCCCGACUUCUCUCGGGCCUCUCGUUAUUGCCGGGGUCAUCGGGGUCAUCUGCGGCGAGUCAAGGCACCUACUGCAGCGUGAGGUUGAUGGUGGUGGACGCAGACUAG